CGAGCGAGCGAGCGAGUGGACGAGCGAGCAGGCCAUGGCGCGGCAGUCUGCUGCGGGCACUUGUUGCUGCGCCAGGAGGAGCCGUGAUCGCGAUUCCACAUGGGUUAAUAUCGACAAGGUGUACCGCGAAUCUCCGUUAUUUCAAACCAGUAUUAUUUUUGUCUGUUCUAAACUGGGUGUAUAUCUUGCUUAACCCAGGUCAGGGAAUUACUUUCAAUAUCAUCGAGAGAGAGAGAGAGAGAGAGAGAGAGGGAGAGAGAGAGAGAGAGAGUGCCGUAUUAUAGACGAUUUAUUCGAAAUCACUAGGUGCUGCAUUUCCUAUCUUGAUCUUGAUCCUGAAGCACGGGAUCUUGAAUCUUGGAUCUACCAAACCUCUCUACCUACGUCAACUUCAUCAGCUUCACGGCCUCCACUAGCAGCGCCUUCGCCUUCUGCUCCCUCAGCAUUUCCCUCUCUCCGAUGGCUGCGGUGAUACCUGGUGCACCGACGAAAGACACUCGCCUCCAGAUGCCAGUAGUUCUUUGAAAACCUCACUUCCUACCACACGUUUCGCGCCUACGCGAUUAUCCAUUUUUUUUGUCGAGUUAUCAACGUCCGCCGUCCUUCAGUUCGCGUUGAGUUAUCUGUCCUGAAUCUCCACUCCGUCCAGAGGUUCAGGAGGUGCACGUGGCAUUAUAAUAUUUAGUCUUGAACUGCGAAGCUCGAUUCAGCUACGCUAUCGGGUCCUUAUCGAUUUCUAUCUUUCUCUCGGGUCGUGUUUUUCUAUGUGUUUGUUUUGAAAAUACAAUUGUUUGUGGCUGCAGUAUACGCGAGUGCGCUUGCCACAUAUAGUUAUGUCGAUGCACACGUGUGGGUUGCGUGCAGUAAAUGCAGCAUGCAAUUAGUUACACCGGUCUAGGGAGUGCAGAAGGGAGGGCGAAGAGGGAGCAGAGGGAACAGUGAGAAUAUAUCGAGUAGGUACACAGGGAGAGUGCAGCUGCCCUUCGAAAGGAAGAGCUCGAUCGGAACGGAAUGUAAACCGACAAUCUAAUCGAUCGGAUCCAACGAGACACGUAGAAUUCCCAGUCGCCGACAGUUAUCAACGAGCAAGUGUCACUCACUCUCCCAUUCUUUUCUCCUGUUGAUUUCGAGAAGUGCAUUUUCGAUGACGCGAAGAAACUCAACGUUCAAAAAAGAAGAAGCGUCCAUUGAGCGUAUUCGUCGGGCAUUCGGCAGCUUCGCCUUAUGUCUACGUACCGUUUGAACUUGCAGUGAAGUGUGUUCGGUGUUUUUAGUGGUUCUCAGCCGUACUGCAAUCGGCACGAGACGAUCUUACGACUCGCGCUUCGUGCAGGCAAUGGCUGUUUAAGAAAAACGAACGAAAGCAGUCCCUCCGUAAAAGAAAGUCUAAAAGCGAUACGGGCCCGAUCGCAUCGUGCUCCUUUGACCCUUCCUUGAUGGGGGGCCAGUGUUAAUUCAGUGAUACUUUUUCUUCUUCUAUUCGUACGUAUCGCACGCAUACGGAUACGUCUCGGCUGUUCUCGAUACAGAUCAUUCGAAGAUGGGCCUGGUGGAACGGGAGGCAGAGAUGCAAGACCUGCAAACACCGAGACCCGGGAGGUCCAGGGAUCUCUUUGGGGUUCAGCUGGAGGUAACUUCCUUGCUGCUUGAAGGCGAGCGGCGUAAAUUGGCAGUUUUACAACGGGAGCUGCAGGUCGCGCUUGCGGAAGGCGGCAGCGUUAAAGCCAAGGAGAAGCAGCGACAGGAACUAUUGCACGCGAUUUCGAAGAUUCAAGGUCAACAUGAGCAACUUGACAAGGAGUACAGGAUUCACGCGGCCGGCGUUCUACUUUGCAAUUCCAGAGGCUGCGGAAAGUUGAACGUGGGUGACGCCUCUGCGUCGCAGCGAGACCCGCCGUACGCGCCACUUGCACCUAGUUCAGCCUGGAGGGCUUCGUCGAUGAUUCUUACUUUAGUUUGA